AACGAGUUUCUAAUUGGAGAAGUUGUCGGAACUCCAUUCGAUGAAAAGAAGAAGUCAAAAGAUGACAAACAGAAACUUUUUAGAAUGCUUAAAGAUAUCUACGAUGAUAUCUUUAAGCAUUUCUAUGAAAGCAAAAAAUUAAAAAUCUAUGUCCUAGACAAGCCUUCCUUCGGGUUAUAUAGAACAAGGAAGGUAGAUCAAAUGAUUCUUCCUGUAAGUGAAGAUGAUGAUCGAAUCAUUACUGCAAUUGACAGCCUAUUAGCCCGUUUUCAUCGUUCUUGUGGAUCAAAUAAAGGUUUGAAGGCACCUGUUAUGUCAUUAGCUGAUAUAGAAACUGCUAAAUGCCCAGCUACGGAUGCUGUAGUGGCGGAUGCUUAUUUAUGA